UUUCUUAUUAAUAUGUGAUUUAUUUUCAGCUCCAAAAGUUUAUGUUGUUUUAAUGGAUUGUUGUUUGUAUUAUUAUAAGAAUGAGAGAGACAAAGAACCUAAGGGAAAAUACCCUCUUUAUGGUUAUAACACGGUUCAUCGAGCUGGUGAUGAGUCAUCUAAUUGGACAUUUGUUAUUAAUCAUUCUGACAGUACCUGUAAGAAAAUAAAAUUUUCAGCAUCAUCCCAAUAUGAAAUGGUGGAAUGGAUGAGGCGCAUAAAAGCUGAAAUGCUUAAAGCCAAUAAUAGACCCAUUCGAUCUUUACCUGAAGGUUCUUCUGCUGAAAGAGUAGAUUUUCCUCUUGCCAAUAUUAACAGUAUUGAAGAAGCUAUCUAUGAUGACAUUAGUAUUGAAGAAGUUAUUCAAACUAUUCCUGAUCAAUUCAAGAUUUCUUGCGAUGGUGAUUCAGAUAAUGAAAGUGAAACACCCAGACCACUUCCUGAAACCCCUUCUCAGAGAAAAAUGCUACUUACAAACAUUAGUAUUGACUCUGCCCUUAUUCCUCCUCUACCUAUCAUUAAACGUAAGCUGAAGGCAAAAGGUAACUUGAGAGUGCCAGAUGGUUGUGCUUCAAAAAGUCCAGCUGAGAAAGGAGCUUCACCUUCUUAUGUACCAACUAUGAUAAUAUCUGAUGAACCUCCAACAACCACCAUGAAAGCUAUGGUUGAUGAUUAUUGGAAAGCUUUUGAGUUCAAUGGCCCCAAAGAAGUUUCUAUGAAGUUGUUGACUGCACUUGAGGAAUCUGGAGCUUACAUGGUUAGAGAGAGUGAAAAUAAAGUAGCCCCCAAGACCUUACUUGUUUACUGUGCUGAAUUAAAAAGAACUCAAAAGUAUCAAAUCUUUUAUGAAAGUACUCCAAAACCAAAAUAUUAUCUUAAAAAAGGAAUUGAGUUCAACUCUUUAGAAGAGCUUAUUUAUCAUUAUUUUUAUCAUAGCAUAUCAAAUGAAUAUGAGUCAAAGCUGUUGACACCUUAUACAUAUAUACCAAACUGGGAAGCUGUUCUUGAAAAAUGUAUGCAAGAAGAAAACUAACCAAAUCAAAGAUGUUUCACAGUGUUCGUGUCUAUAAACAUCUUUAUCAUAUCCUCAGUAUUGACUUAUCUAAUGAGGUAUCACACUUUGCUUAAUACUAAGACAUCUGAAAUACUUUUUAAAUAGAAAUAAAUGAAACAGUAAUAAAUGAAUACAUCAAAAAGUUUAAAUAAUUAGUAUAUUUAUGGUAUUCCUUAAAAAAAAACUAUGGAACUAACUAUUGCUUAUUUGGGGUCUUUAUUGAUGAUUAAUGCCUUACUGACUUAAUUGCUAAUAAGCACAUCUACACUGGAAAAUUAAUACAGUUCUAAUAAAAGUUCAUCAUAUAAGAAAAGCUCUGGACUUAUUUAAGAAAAUAAAGCUAUUUAAAGAAUCUAGUACCUUAAAUAUUCAUAACAAGUUAGCCAAAUCAAUGACAUGGAAUAAAAUAAACAGAUAUUGAACAUUGGCAUAUGAGAUAUCUUAUUCAGUUAUGUAAAUUGUUGUGAAAAGCAACAGAAACAUUUAUUGACUUAGGUGUGGAUGAUAAUGAUAUAGAUUCAAGGAAAUUCUACUAUAUAGGCUAAACUUCUCAAAAUGCCAGCAAGUUUUAAUAAAAUUUAAUCAAUAAUUAUUUUAAAAACUA